CAGUCAUAAAUUUUUUCAGACAAGAUGCGAAUCUCAAUACGAAAAUAAUAAUUACGAAACCAAUAAUAGAUACAGCGUGGAUGGUGCAUCUCAUCUCUCAAUCUUGUCGUCAUCUUCAAUGACACCUUCCAUGUGAGAAACCUCUCCAGUUUCCAGUUUCGUCAUCCUCCUCGUGUUUUUCUUUCCUGUCGUUGACUCUAAGCUUUACACGGUCAACGCUGAGACCAAAGACUCAGGCAACUUGUUUGGAUCCAAAUAUGUCAGGGAGCAAUGUUAGUUCUAGGGUUAUAGAUAUCCUCAGCGGUAUCGUCCCUUUGAUGAAGCUAAUCUCCUUAACCGUGAUCGGUCUCCUCCUCGCACACCCCAAGACGCAGCUAGUCCCGAGAGCCACCUUCCGCCUCUUGAGCAAACUCGUCUUCGCUCUGUUCUUACCUUGCUUGAUCUUCACGGAGCUAGGAGAAAGCAUUACCUUAGACAACAUCGUCCGCUGGUGGUUUAUUCCGGUCAACGUCCUCCUCAGCACGGUCAUAGGCUCCUUCAUAGGAUACUUGGUGGUUCUCGUCUGCCGACCUCCUCCGGAGUUCACUAGAGUCACCAUCGUCAUGACUGCCUUCGGCAACACCGGGAACCUCUUGCUGGCUAUCGUCAGCUCAGUUUGUCACUCCAAGAACAACCCGUUCGGGCCGGGUUGUCACUCGAGAGGGGUCUCUUACGUGUCGUUCGCUCAGUGGGUGGCUGUGAUACUUGUGUACACCGUUGUGUAUCAUAUGAUGGAGCCGCCUCUGGAGUACUACGAGGUUGUUGAGGGUGAAGGUGAGAUAGAGGAGAUCAACGUCGGUUCUAACGAUGUUAGCAGGCCUCUUUUAGUCGAAGCCGAGUGGCCGGGGAUCGAGGAGAAAGAGACGGAACAUUGCAAGACUCCGUUCAUUGCGAGAGUGUUCAACAGCAUCUCGAGUAGUUACUCGCAGACUUCUUUCCCUGAGGUUGUUGACUUCAUGGGUGUAACAGGAGGAGAGAGUUCGAGCCCGAGGUCGCUUCAGUGUUUAGCUGAGCCGAGAGUUAUAAGGAGGAUGAGAGUCGUGGCUGAACAGACUCCAGUCAAACACAUACUCCAACCACCGACGAUAGCUUCUCUACUCGCCAUCGUCGUCGGAUCAGUACCACAGCUGAAGAAGAUCGUAUUCGGUUACGAAGCUCCGCUCUCUUUCAUUACCGAUAGUUUGAACAUUAUGGCUAGCGCCAUGGUUCCUUCGGUGAUGCUUGUACUCGGCGGUAUGCUCUCCGAGGGACCGAGAGAGUCAACUCUCGGGUUGCGUACGACGAUUGGGAUCACCGUUGCGAGACUCUUGGUGCUUCCUCUAGUUGGGAUAGGGAUCGUGAUGUCAGCUGAUAAGCUUGGUCUUAUUUCUCAGGAUCCGAUGUUUAAGUUUGUGCUGCUUUUGCAGUAUUCGACUCCGAGUGCUAUUUUGCUUGGAGCUAUAGCGAGUCUGAGGGGUUAUGCGGUUAGAGAGGCCUCUGCGCUUCUGUUUUGGCAGCAUGUCUUUGCGUUGUUGUCUCUUACGUUCUAUAUUAUCAUCUUCUUCAAGCUCACCGUUGAUAAUGUCCAAGGUAUCCCAUAAGAUACAAAAGCUCUCUUGUAAACAGUGUGAUGGAUUGGUUUUUUCAUCUGUGUGUGUUGGUGAAUAAGGUGACCCCACUUGAAAACUCCUUUUUAUAUUAUAUCAACCGUGCACUCGCUUCA